AUGAGCUGCUACUAUGGAAACUACUAUGGUGGCCUAGGCUGUGGCUAUGGUGGCUAUGGCUGUGGCUAUGGCUAUGGUGGCUAUGGUGGCUAUGGUUAUGGAUGCUGCCGCCCACUCUGCUACAGAAGAUACUAUUCCUAUGGCUUCUACUGA